GCUACUUGGUGACGGUGAAGUCUGGCCCCGUGCGGAUAAAGAGCGAAGACAGGGAUCUGCAAUCACGUGGCAGAGGCGUGCUUGCCAAUGACCAGGAGGCCAGUUCAAAGACAUCUGCAAAGAUCGCGCGAAUCUGUGACCAGCCGAUGGUGGUUGAGAGCAACAAGAGUGAUACUGGUCUCUCUGAGAAGCCCAAGGAAUCCACAAAGGAAAGCUUCACCGAAAACUUCGCCCCGCGCUCCUGUUGGAACAUUGAUAAUGCAAGUUCUCCAGCGCAUUCCAUCCGGAGGAGGUCCGCAAUGUCGCAGACAGUUGGAAGCUUCACCAAGCCAGGAGAGGGGUCGGUGCAGGAUCUGAACCUCAGAGCCUUUGGUCUGGAAUCACGCUCCAGGUGGGCAGACUUUGUGAUCCACCCCCACGCCACACCGCGGAUUGUCUGGGACUUGUUCGGCAUGUUCUUCUUGAUGCGGGACAUCGUGUUCAUUCCUUUGCAGCUGUUCGACGUGCCGGAGUAUCAAACCAUGAAAACUCUGGCGACCAUGUCUCUCUUGUUUUGGACCAUUGACAUUCUCCUGUCUUUCUUCACCGGGUACUACGAAAAGGGACGACUGGAGCUGGGACAUCGCAAGAUAGCCUGGAACUACAUGACCACUUGGUUCCUCCUGGACAUAGGAGUUGUUGGCGUCGACUGGUGGCUUGAAACCACUGAGACGGCCGAUGGUUCUGAGGGCGUCGCUCGCGUGACGAAGUCCAUUCGCUCUGCACGCUUUUUCCGGAUGUUCCGGUUGAUUCGGCUAAGUAAGAUGAGCAAGGUGUCAGCGUUUCUUCGUGAACAGAUCAGCUCGGAAGCUGGAGCCAUCCAAUUUGGCAUCCUCAGGGUGAUCGCCAAGGUCUUUCUGUUGCAGCAUCUCAUCGCCUGCGGCUGGUGGGGUGUUGGAAACUCCAUCUUUGGUGAUUUUGACGGGAGCACGAUUAGCUGGAUAUCCGCUUUCGGAAUGGAUCGGGAGGGCGUGUCCUUCGAGUACCAGUACACCACUUGCUUGCAUUGGGCCUUCGCUCAGCUAGGCAUGGGAUCUGUGGAGGGCAUCGAGGCUGUCAACACAGAAGAGAGAGCUUUUUGUAUCCUCGUAGCCUUCACAUGCUUGAUCAGCUUCUCCACCUUGGUCAGUACAGUGACAUCCUUGAUGAGCAACUUGCAGAAAGCACAAGAUGAGGAGCAACAGCUCUUCAGAGACUUGCGACGCUUCUUGCACCAGAACGACAUCCCAAUCGACCUCAGUCAACGAGUGACCCGCUUCUUGCAGCACGCGUAUCGUGCGAGGAGCUCCCGCACAGCCGACUCGGAGGUUGCGAUCUUCGGGCUGCUCUCGAAGCCCUUGUAUGCGGAGCUCCAGUUUACGCGGUACCAAAGCUGCCUGUACUCUCUUAUUUUGCUGAGAAAGAUUUUGCUCACGGAAGACGCUCGCUAUCAGGCAGAGACAGUCGCUCAGAAGCUGGCUGUGAAGGCAUUAACGACUGUGCAGCUGGCUCAGAACGACAUUGUUUUCAACCGAGGCACCGUGGCAGACACCACGUACUUCUCCCUGGACGAAUCUCUGCGGUACUUCCACUAUGUCCAAGAUGAGGAUGUAGGUCGCGGCACGCUGAUUGCAGAGGUUGGCCUUUGGACCCCAUGGGUACAUAUCGGCGACCUCGUUGCCACAGACAUGAAUGGUCUUGUGGCGAUCGACAUUGAAGCCUUCUGCCAAUGCGUCGGUGAGACGCAGGAGACAAAGCAGCAGGCGAUCUUCAUGGCACAGUCUAUCGUUUCGGCCCUCAACGACAUCGAAAUCCUGACCGAUCUGUGGCUGUAUCCGAUCGAAGACGAGGCAGGCUUCGAAAGUGCAUCGACACAGGGUGCAAAGAAGAUUGAAGGAGUCCGUUUGGACUCCAUCACCCGGCUUGUAAAACAACGAUGGCAGCGGGCCAGUGGUGGACCACAUGCCGAGUAG